AUGAUGCAAAAUUCGAAUAGAUCAACCGAGAUAUGUACUGAUCAAUUAUUAUCUAUUCCUAUUGAUGGUCGAUGGAUAUGGGAUGAAAAGAGAAAAGAACUUGUUUAUGAAAGUCGAAAUCGAGUGAAUCAAGAUAAAAAAUUAUCUUCCAAUGAAUCAUUAAAGAUUGAUCUAAGAACUGGUUUUAUUUAUUAUCGAAAACAAAAUCGACCAUUGCAACACAUUAUUAAAACAAAAAAUAAUAACAAAAUUACACUUGCUGAUGUUAUUCAAGCGUCGCUUAAUGUAAUGAGUGAAAUUUUUUAUAUACCUAUUGAAUUUGAAGAAUAUGUCAGAGAUCGUUCGCAAAGAGAAAAAAAUCGAAUACGUAUUGCAUAUGCUAAUUUAUUGAUUAAUCUACGUGAACUUACUUGUAAAUAUUCUGUAUUACUACUGGGUAUUAAUCUAAAAGAUUUUCAUCAUAUGCAUAAUGGCGAUCUAUUCUAUUCGUGUACAUAUCUUGACCGAACAAUAUAUGAAUCACUUUUUAUUUUCUCUACAUAUUUUAUUUGGAUUAUAUUUUAUCGAGAAAAUUUCGAUUUAAUCCGAAAUGAAUUAGCUCGACUAUUUCGAGCUGAUGGUGAUAUUGAAAUGCUUCGAAUUCCAAUGAAAGAAAGUUUAGAAGGUCGAAUGAAAAAUGAUAAACUAAUUGAUUGUACAGAAAUGUUUUCAAAAUCUAUCGCAAAAGAAACUGCCCACACGAGAACGAGUGAAAAUGAAACUAAUGCAAUCGCCCCGGAGCAAAAAGCCGAAGAAAAUGAUCAAUUGCAUUCAUUGGAAUUCCAUACUAAUUUACUAAAUUAUCGUCGAAGACAUCAGGCCAUCGUUUCUCAACGGAAGAAUCGUAUUCAUAGUAUUUUAACAAAACAAUUAAAGAACAUAAAUCAAAGUCUUAUUGAAGAACAAUAUCAUCAUUUAAAGAGAGAGAAAAAGACAAAUCCACAAGUAACUGUGAAAGAACUUGAUAGCAAAAUACGUGCAAGAGAAAAGAUGAAAAGAGAACAUCUUAUUAAAAAACAAAUAUUAAAUCUGGCACCAGGCAAAAAUGCAUUUAUUUUACCUCCACCACCAAAUCCAUUGGGCAAUGCUAACAUAAUAGAUGAUCAUACAUCUAUUUUACCUGAGGUUACAUUUCAAUUGAAGGAAAAUAUUGGAAUUAUUGGUGAAUCUUAUUCAAAUUUUGAUCUAACACGUUUGACAUUGAAACAAAAUAUUGACGAUAGCAUUAAUAUUCCUAACGAAUUUCUUGUAACUUUACCGUAG